AGUUUUUCUGCUCGUCUUGACACCAAUUCUACGCGCCGGCCCACAAGUUCAAACAGACAGAUGCAAGCAGAUGACGGGUCAAUUAGCGCGCGCCGGCAAACUGGCGGAAAUACAAAAAAUACUAGACACCUAAUAAGCUAUAGUUUUGCUCUAGGGCGACAUGCCGCCACAAGGUGUUGGCAUGACCGAUGCCUCGCUUCGGAGGUUGCUGCGGAAGCUGUCAACAGCGAAUCCCAGCAUUACAGUCGAAGAUAGCGCGCUGGACCAGAUGCGUGCAGCUGUCCUCGCAUUUCUGAAUAACCAGCUUCACAUCCAGGACAAGACCAUCGAGGCGCUGGUGUCUACGCACCUGUGGGCCGUGUACGCGCUUGAUGAGCGAAACAUCGCAUGCAGGCCAGAUCUAUGCAACCUGGCUACGUCGACUGUGGAACUCUUUGGCGCGCUUCCAGUCCAUGGCUCGCAAUUUGCCUCUCGCGUCGCCCGCGCGCUGCUAGACGCGGGGCUGUUGGAUUGCUACGCCCGUAUUAUAGCCUGGUUCCGCGCCCGCUGCGCCCCGGCGGCAGCAACACCGAUUUCGGCGCCGGCGUCGGCAGCAGCUGCUGAGCAUGACGAGGAUGGGUAUCAGCGUGAUGUAUUCAGCCGCUGGGUGAAGCAGGCCUGCGGAUUGCUGCAGAUGAUGGCGCACUGGACCGCGCAUGAACAUGCCGCCGGCAUGCACGCGCAACUGUGCGCGGCGCUGGAGCGCAGUCAGCUGCUGGAGCACGCGGCGGCGGCCCUGGUGACCCUUGCGACCGCAUGCGCCCCUGCGCCGCUGCCAUCGCCGCCCGCCGGCGGGACUGCUGCAGCCGGGGCCGCUUCAUACGCUGCUGCGGAGCCCGCCCGCGGUGUCGCAAGCGGCGAUCGAGCUCAACCCACAUCGCUGCGGGACCAGCAGGCGGCCAAGUGCUGGGAACGGGUCAACAAUGCGGUGAUCCGGAUGAUGGUCGCGGCUGCAAUGCUAGUGGACCACUGCGGGCUCGGCAGCGAGAUGUGGCCGCCCCACCCGCACCCGGGGGUGUUGCAGGCUCUCAGGCCGCAGGCGGGAUCGCUGCAGGUCGCCGCGCAGUUGCGGCGGGUGCUCAGCGGGCGCGGGGUGCAGCUCUGCUUGGCUUGGGUGCUGGAGGCAGCGCGGCCCGGCGUUGCCGAGGAGCCGUCGGUGAAGCCAGGGGUGCAAGGGGUGCGGACGCCUGCGGUCGCGACCCCGGCGGGAGGAAGUGCGGGCGGCAGUGGCGCGCGCGCCGCAGCCGUGCAGCAGCCGCCACUGGCACCGGCAGCGCGCUGGCUGCCGCCGGCGCUUGCGCGGCCUCUGGUACUUUCAGCACACAGCUCCCAGGGCGAGAAGCUAGACCUGUCUUGGUGCUCCCUUCCCCGGGCUGACCAAGAAAUGAUCGCCGUGAUGCUGAUGCGGCUGCUGACCGAGCUGCGGCCGCGCCAGGCGGCGGCGCGGCUUCCCGCGGUGUGGCGGGUGGUGGUGGCUGUGCUUCCGCAACUGGACCGCACUGAUCUUGCCGCUGUCGGGUCGCUGCUGCGGCUGCUGCUGGCGGGGCCGGAUGGCUCAAUGCUGUCCUGCGCUGCUGGCGGCGACGCAGCAGCGGCGCCGGGUGGCUGCAGCUACAGCCUGCGCUGCGCACUGGAUGCGGGGCUACUGCCGGUGUUGCAGCGGCUCCUGCGCAACGAGAAGACACUGCGGGAUCCGGGCUCUGACUCGCCUUGCGCUGCUACGUCACUGUCGGCUGUCAAUCUGAUGCUUCGCUACUCCGGCGUGUGGCCGGCGCUGCUGGCGCACGCUUCGCCGGCGGAGGCGGUGGGCCUGGUGGCGACGCUGGGCUCCGCGUCCCGCUUCUUCCAUGCCCAUAACAUGCCGGGGAUGAGGCAGGUGUCAGAAGGCGGGUUGCUGUGCCUGGCGCGGCAGUGGGGGGCAGGCGGGCCAAGCCUGGCGCUGGGUUGCUACCUAGCCGCGAUGCUGGAGCAGUGCGUUGACGUGCGCGACCCAUUUCAGUGGCGGCGGUGUCAGCAGCGGCAGCAGCAGGCGACAGCAGCAGGGCCUGCAGCAGUGCGGUCGCUGUCAGCUGCUGUCGCGCCAGGCGAACCCUUGUGGUUCAAUGACGCACUGGAAUCCUGGACCCCGGCGCUUAUGCCGCUGGGAUGGCUGGCGGCGGCUGGCGGCGCGCCGCCGGCCGGCUCGGCGGCGGCGGCGCAGCUUGACCUGAUGACCAGCUUUGCGCUGCAGCUUUGGCUGCCGCCGCUGCUGUCAGUGGCUGUGGCGGCGGCGGAGUUGCGGAGUCAGGCUGACCACGACAUUGGCAUGCAGGAAGGCGGUACGCAAGAAGCCCGCCUCCCCGUGCCGGGCGGGGUGAUGCAGUGGCGGCCGCCGCAACUGCUGCCGCUGGUCGCACAGAUGCUGACGCGGGUGAUGGCGGCGCAGGCGCUGCUGCUGUCGGGGCCCGAUGGCGCAGGUGCAGGAGCGGAUGCCGUGUCGGGCGUGCAGUCUAACCAGGCGGCACCUGCGCGCGAGGCCGGAUCGGCAGCAGCAGGGGUGGCGGGGGCGGCGGGGACGGCGGCAUCGGGGCUGGUGGAAGCGGCGGCGGAGACAGAGGGUGCACGGCGGUUGCAUGCGCGUGCCUCUUGGCGGAGCUACUUGCGUCCGCUCUGGGAAUCCGACGGCGUGGCAACUUGGUUGCUGGAGUGGAUGCUGAACGAGCUGGUUGCCUACACCGCACGUGCCCUCGACAACAGUGAGAGUGACAGCGACAGCACGGGUCAAGGCGUUGAUGCAGCAGGCCAGUGCGGCUCGGCAGACGCCGCGCUUCAGCCACUGGCGCUGGAGCUGCUCGCGGCCGUCGCCUGCACCCGCCCACACAUGGUAGUUAGCGGUGGCAGCAGCGACGGCAGCAGCGGAGGCAGCAGCGGUGGCGGCGUGGGCGCAGAUCUGGGUUUUCAUAUGGAUUGCUUGGUGCAGUUGCUAAUGAUUGCGGCGGAUUGGAACUGCAUGCCGGAGUUAACGAACUUCCUUGCUGACUUGAAGGCGGCAGCGCUGCAGCACCUGGCGCAGCCCUUAUUAGGCGCGGGCCUCGAGUCCCACAUCGACGCAAGCGCGGCAUUGAGUGCUGCAAUCACGGCCGCGUUAGAGGCAUUGGCCCCGGCAGUGGCGGAUUUGGCGGCGGCUGUGCGGGGAAGCGCCUGGAUGCAGCGGCUAAUCGGCGGCCAGCGCUGGCUGCUGUCGCCGGCGGAGGUGCAGGCGCGACUGCAGGCCUUGGGCAUUGUGCUGCCGGACACACGUAUCGGCGGCGGUGGCGGUGGCGGCCAUGGUAGCAACGGCCGUGGAAGCGGCAGUGGCAGCGGCAGUGGCAGCGGCAGUGGCGGCGGUAGCGGCGGUAGCGGCGGCGAUAGCGGCAGCGGCGCCUCCGCAGUCCUGGCGCUGGGCGGUGGAGGCAGUGGCAGCGAUUGCAGCAGUGCGGGAGCCAGCAGCAGCAGCAGCAGCGGCAGCAGCAGCAGCAGCGGCAGCGGCAGGGGUGGCAACGGCGGCAGAGGCGGGAGCGAGGGCGGCAUGAGCAGCGGCAGCAGGGGUGGCAGCUGCGGCGCAGGCGGGAGCGAGGGCGGCAGGAGCUCGCUGACGUGGCUGUGCGCGCACCGGAGGUGCAGCGGGCUGGACGGGCCGGAUGCGCUGAUUGCGCCCGGCGGCGGCAAGACCUGCUCCCGGUGCCAGCAGCUGACGUACUGCUGUGGCGCUUGCCAGCUGGCGGACUGGAGGCAGGGCCGCGACAAGGAGUGCGCAGGGAUGGCUGCGGCGGCGGCGGCUGGGCCGGGCACACGGCAGCAGGGAAAGUAAGAUGGACGAGCGCGCAGAGCACUGACAAGCGACAGGUGCGGCAACUAACCAGACCGGACAGAUUCGGGGAGAUUUAGGAUUUAUUGAUUCGGGCUCCUGGUAGCAGGUGACUAACUGCGAGAUGGAGGAGGUUUGGUGGUGGGCCCAUGUCCCCUACCGUGUCUCCUACCAUGCAUGACCACCAGUUAUGUGUAUAGAGCAAUAAUGGGAUGACAAUUGGGCGGUAGGUGCAAUGUUAUACACCUAUGCGCACCUACGUGCUGCACAUUAGUCCUACGUGGCUAAGCAAUAUGUGUCCACAUACGAGACACGCCGGACGCAAGCAUGCAUGAAUGCAACAGUCCCACAAGGGACCAUCUGAACAUGCACGCGCGUGGCGCUGAUUUCGGUUGGAGCAGUCGGUGUUCCGGGUUGGUGUGACGUAUCAAGCCCAGGAGCAGGGGUGUGGCAAGCAAGCAGGACAGGCAGCAAUAAGCCAUGCACGACGCAGCAGGAUGCAUGUGAGGGCAUCGGUGGUCGGCGGCUUGUGUGACGUAUUAGGCAUGAUUAGGCGAUUUCUCAUGUACAGUACGGCAGGAUGUCAGUGUGUACGAUCCAAGUCAAAGGGGCAAGCGUGGAGGCCAGCAGAAAAGGCAUAACCUACCGUAUCCAGGCAGCAGAGUGCAGCCCCGGAUGUGAGGGUGUGUGGUCGAGGGUGGGUUUGGACUGCUGUCAUUUGUUCAGUUUAGCAGGAGUUUAGGCCGCUGUUCGGUUGGUGACUUGCAGAAGCCUUUGGUGUCAUACAUGGACGGUAGUGCAGGAGGUGCUAGUGGGGCGCAUGUGACAAGUGGGGGCAGGUCUGAGUAUCCUCGAAGGAAUGUGUAGCUCACAAGUCACAAGUCCUGCAUUUGUGUUUAGGGCACCGGUCGAUGGGCGAGUGCAGCGGGGGUACCGUAACAUGCGUCAAGGGAAGUACCAGCCCUCGAUGCUCAUGCACGGCAUGCUUACGCCGUCGUCAACGGUCGACCGCAGGUCCAAAAGGACAGCCGCGAUGCCUAUGGGCUUGGGCUUAGCUUCGACUCGCUGUGCAGCUGCCGAGACACGCUUUACGCGAAGACCUGUUGCACGGUUGUGGAAGGUCGGUAGCCAACUGGGGGGAGGGUGGUUUCCUUUCGGGCCGGAGAUGGUCCCUCUUGACCUGGGUGCAUGGGCACCCUUGCUUGGUCGGAUUGUCCCUUCUUUGUAAUAUCGCAACCUA